ACGGGCAUCUGUUCACCGAGAGAACAUUCACCUAUCCUUCGCACUCAAGAAAAUACACACAACUGCAUAGUACAGCUGUUAUACUUUAGAGGUUUUACUUGUGAAUGACUCGCUUUUAUGCAACCAUGCAGUUUUUCCCAAUCGAGUCGGGUGCAGUGAUGAUUGCCCUGGCCGUGUUUGUGGGGUUUGUGAUCAUGAUCUUCAUGUUGUCGCCGUUGAUCUCACCACGCCCUAUGAAGCUGAAUGGAUCCCAUGUCUUGGUGACUGGUGGUUCCAGUGGGAUAGGAAAGGCCGUCGCUGUGGAAGCUGUCAAGCAGGGCGCCCUUGUCACCAUUAUAGCAAGAAACGAAGCACAAGAGAAGCUGGGCCCAGUAGACAUGCUGGUGAACUGUGCUGGAACAUCUUUUGCCAGCAGAUUUGAAGAUAUUCCUGUUGACGAAUUCAAGCAACAAAUGGAAGUGAACUACUAUGGGACUAUCCAUGCCACCAGGGCUGUCAUCUCUACCAUGAAGUACAGACGCAGGGGGCGGAUUGUCCUGGUGUCCUCCCAGGCUGGCCAGAUUGGGCUGUACGGCUUCACAGCCUACUCUGCAUCAAAGUUUGCCCUCAGGGGGUUUGCUGAGGCAUUGCAGAUGGAGGUGAAACCAUACAACAUCUACCUGACUAUCACCUUCCCUCCUGACACUGACACACCUGGCUUCCAGACAGAACAAACAUUUAAGCCCAAGGAGACGAAGUUGAUCUCAGAGACAGCGGGACUCUACCAGCCUGACUAUGUAGCAAAGAGGAUCCUCCAGGAUGCUAUCCAGCCCGGGUAG